GAUGUGAAUUACUGCUAAGAACAAGUUUAGGAUCUAUUAAAUAUCUUGGCUUCAUCCAUUGCAAUUCUAGUUUUGUUUGGAGCUGAGCAUUUCAGGGUAAGAGAAUCCUUGUCCUGGAACUCAUUUCUUCUGAGCUGUAUCCUAAUAAUAUAACUCUAUGGGAGGAGAGGGUUUGAAAACCAUUUAAUUGAGCUGGACUUCCCGCUGGAGCCAAGAGCUGCAAUGUUGAUUUCUCUAGUGGAGGCCUGAUUGUCUGAACCAUAGAAAAAGCAGUGAACUGAAGGGGUCCUACAGUGUCAAUAACCAGAAGUGUUUAAAUGUUUCAGCUCCAGAAGAUCUGAAUAAAUUGCAUAAAGGCAAAACUAUUCUCCUUGGUAUGGUGGCUUAUUGAAAUGUUUCUGACCUUAAUUGAAAUGUGUGAGAGUUACUGACCUGAGUGAUGUCCAGUAUAAGUGGAUGGUCUUUUAACUGUUCUUAUAGAAAAACCUUCAGCCUUUUAGAGAGAAACCGACUAGUUUUGCAAAAUGAUUUUGCUGUUGUGUAUUGUAUGAAGCCAUAUAUUGGAGCUCAUAAAUUAUGGUUUAGUUUUAGCAUGACAUGUGAGCCCAUCCCAUUGUUAUUUAUUUAAUAAAACUGAACAAACAGAAACAGCAAAAAGAGAAGAGAAAAAAAAAGAAAACAAUGGAACAACAAUUACAUAGAGAAGAUCUUCUCAUACAACUAGUUGUGUUUAGCAAAAUACAAUGUGUUUCGUUGGCUUAUGGUUUGUCACAAUGUGUGAGCCCACCCAUUAUGGCUUAGUAUUGUUCAAUAAAACCGUGAUUAACAACUUUGCUUAGCAAAGCAAUUGAUUCUCCUGAAAGAACACCAAAGAAGUUGAGGGUCUUACAGGAAACAAUUACUUCCUGACCAGGCCUAGUGCUAAAUAAAGACUCUUUCCGGAUUGGCUUUUACCUGUGUUCAUAUAUAUCUUUUCCCCUUUCAUAAGAUGCUGAAUAAUGUUUAAAACACUGUUUCUGAGACUUCUGCACGUUGUGUCUCUUGCCUGGGCAUUUCAUGGAGGCCUGCUCCUUUGCCACGUAGCACCCAAGAGCAGGAAUUAGCCUAGAAAUGAAAUGCUGGCAAAGCGACAGAUUCUUUUUAUAGCUUGCCCUUGAUUUCUUGCUCCUGUCCUGCCUUUUCGUUUUGGCUUUAAUAUUUCCACAGCCUGGUUUGUUUGUUCCUUCUCCUGCCUUCUAAAUUUCCAUCUGAAAAGUUUAUGCUACUACCUGCUCCUGCAUCUUGGCACUUGGAAGGGGCCGAGGAGCAACGGAAUGAUAAAAUCUCCGUUUACUCAAAGUUUCCAUGAAUCAUAGCUGUUUGCAUUCUAGAAACUCUUCCAUUAUCCACUGAUCCCUUCCCUUGUGGAAACCUUUUUUCCUCUUACCACUAUCAGCUUAAUUAUGUAGCUUUUUUCUCCAGUUAUGAUUAGCCUUCCUGGAUUACACAGCCAUGAAUGAAUGAACAUAGUUUUUUCUGUGAAUGACUAUUCCUUUUAGCAGUGACUCUAGCACAGUUGGAUCUCAAAGUGCAUUUCUUGUUUUCAAAAGAUGAGAGGAAGAGGAAGAAGGGGCUUUCUUGUUCUAUCUUAUGCUGCUGAGUAAGGAAAGAGUAUCACUAUGUCCAUUCGCACUGGCGAUGCGAACUUUAAAGUAGAACUGUUGCUGUAGACUUCUCUCUCAGCUGCCUUGCAGAAUUUGGAGGGACCCUUAAUUCUGUGCAGGUGUGUUUUGAAAGGCUUUCUGGAAUUAUUACUGAUCUGGCAUUUAACCAUGUUUCAGAAUGGAGGGUUUCGGAGAUGGACCUUGGUGCUGCAACUGUACCUCCUACUUCUCACUUCUUGGGCACGGGCUGGCGCAGAAGCCUUGACGCAGCCUCCCAUCACGGCAGCCUCCUUUCUGCAGGAUCUUUUCCUCCGCUAUGGUGAAGAUGACAGGCUCACUUUGCAGCAGCUGAAAUCCCUGUUGAAACGCCUGGAUGUGGGAGUUGAACGGCCCAAUAUCAGUCGCACGCAGCAGCAACAGCACAGGAACCUCUCCUGGUGCUUCAGUUCUUCGGAACUCUUUGCCACACACAAUCUGAGUGAAUGGUCCCAUCUUGGUCGGAGCGAGUUCCAAGAAUUCUGCCCAACUAUCUUGCAGCAGCUGGAGUCAAAGGCGUGCAUGUCGGAGAAUUUGGAGAAUGAGGAAGAUGAAUGGAUGAAGGAGGGGAAACCAAGCUCUACAGAAGUCUGGGGAUACGGUUUCCUCUGUGUGACCGUCAUUUCCCUCUGCUCCUUGGUCGGGGCCAGUGUGGUGCCCUUCAUGAAGAAGACCUUUUACAAGCGGCUGCUCCUCUACUUCAUAGCUCUGGCGAUUGGUACUCUUUAUUCUAACGCCCUCUUCCAGCUCAUUCCUGAGGCCUUUGGGUUCAAUCCACAGAAGGAUGACUAUGUCUCCAAAUCUGCUGUUGUCUUUGGGGGAUUUUAUCUGUUUUUUUUCACUGAGAAAAUACUGAAGAUGCUCCUCAAACAAAAGGACAAGCACCUUCAUGGGCACAGCCAUUAUAGCAGUGAGUCCCUUCCUUCCAAGAAGGACCAGGAGGAAGGUGUCACUGAAAAACUGCAGAAUGGAGACCUGGAUCACAUGAUCCCUAAUAAGAGCAGCGAUUUGGAAUGCAAGAAUCCCUCUGCUGAUGAGAAGGUUGUUGGCUCCUUGUCUGUUCAGGACCUCCAAGCAUCUCAAAGCACAUGCUAUUGGCUGAAAGGGGUGCGUUAUUCAGACAUUGGCACCCUGGCUUGGAUGAUAACCUUGAGUGAUGGCCUUCACAAUUUCAUUGACGGGCUGGCCAUCGGUGCCUCCUUCACUGUCUCGGUCUUUCAAGGCAUCAGCACCUCUGUGGCCAUUCUUUGUGAAGAAUUUCCCCAUGAGCUAGGAGACUUUGUCAUUCUGCUGAAUGCGGGGAUGACAAUCCAGCAAGCGCUCUUCUUCAACUUCCUCUCAGCUUGCUGCUGCUACCUGGGCCUGGGGUUUGGGAUAUUGGCUGGUAGCCACUUCUCAGCCAACUGGAUCUUUGCUCUAGCCGGAGGGAUGUUCCUCUACAUUGCAUUGGCCGACAUGUUCCCAGAGAUGAAUGAAGUCAGCCGAGAAGACGAAAGGAGUGGCAGCGCUUUGAUUGCGUUUGCGAUUCAGAAUGCCGGACUGCUGACAGGAUUCACCAUCAUGGUGCUACUCACUACCUACUCGGGAGAAAUCCAGCUUGGAUAGAGGCGUGCUGCUGGGUACCUGGAGGUCCGCGGACUGUGCCGAGCGCAGUUGCUUGUCAAGGAUUUCAGAAGGGGCAUGUUUAUUCAACCUGCUUCUUAGAUUUCUUAUUGGACCGACCUGCACAGGCUGACAACUUUUCUCUCUAGCAUUAAAUGAUCGAAGGAUCAUUUCUUAAUCUAACAACAGAAUUUGUCUUUCCCUCCCUCCCACCCACCCCAC